AUGUGCUUCGAACGCAACAAUACCGGGUCUCUAUAAAUAACCGAGAUUCGCGAGUCUCACGAGGCAGGGCGCUGUCAUCGUGCGCGCGCGACACCCCACAGAGAAUGCGAGAGAAUCGCGAAAGAAACAGUAGCGCGCAUCGCGCGCGCAGUUCUCUUUCGUUAUCCGUCACGUUUUCGCGCGCGCGUGCCUGUCCUUUCCAUCAAAUUCGCAAUUUUACCUUUAUAUUUUGCGAGUUGUUCAGACAACUCUCUACCGUUAUCGAUCAUAUCGUUUAUCGUUGGCGUGUCGAUUGCUUCGUUCGUUCGACUCGAUGGCUUGUCUUUGAUGAAACAUAAAUCAUUACUUUUGCCGCUUAUAAUGUUUCUAACUGAUUCGGGAUUAAUUAAAUUCAUCGGUUGGAAUCGAAUGGUGUUUGUUGGUGUACAAAGUGAUAAUAGUGCGCAGUGAUGCACACUGGUGACUAAAUCACGUUCUAAAUCUUAUCAGUUGGUGUCAGCACUCGGAUAGACCUACAAAUAUACCGACGUGAUAGCGUCCUACCACAAAUCGACGUGACAAAAAUAUAUAUGGAACCCGUACGUACGUAUCAUCGUUGCCGAAUCUACAUUUUCCGCGGGGAGGAACGAUGAUUGAAAAAAGAACGAAGGAACAAACAGAGAAAGUAACGUGUGUGCGUGUAGGUGUGACGGGGUAGAGAGGAAGAGGACUAGAAGGAGACGCGUGUACAGUCGCGUUUAGUAGAAGACGUGGGUUACAGAAGUGUCGAGAUCGCGUCCGCGUUUACGCAUCUGCCGCAGAAAGAGAUGGCCAGGGACACACCAGGCUCCCCGAUGUCCAGACCGAGAGACUUGGUCGGCGGAGUUGGCGCUACUACGACCACCUUGACAUCGAGCGGUUAUCACACUGGUUCCGCGGACCCAUCCACCCUUCAUGGCCACGUGUUGCAGCAGAAGAUACUCGAGCUACAACAGCAUCAUCAGCUUCAACAACAAAUUCUCCGGCAACAAUAUCAGGCGCAAGAACGACAGUUGGCCGAACUGCACGAGCAACAGAUGCAUCAGUUGAAGCUUUGGGAGCAGCAGAAACAACUGGAGGAGCAAAGGAGGGAGAAGGAGAGGCUCGAAGCAUUGAGGAAGAAGGAUAAACACGAUCACAGCGCGAUCGCUUCGACGGAGGUGAAGCAACGACUUCAGAGCUUCCUCGUGAACAAGAAGCAAAGGGAGGCCGCCGCGGCUGCUAACGGGGCCGUACCUGGUACACCCGGAUACAGAAGCUGGUUGCAGCCGCAAUCGGCGGAAUCGGCGGGCGCAGCGAACGCUUCGCAUCCGUACAGGAUGCCGCAGAUGUUGCAGGAAAAAUUCGCCGAUGAUUUCCCUCUACGGAAAACAGCCUCGGAGCCGAACCUGCUCAAAGUGCGACUAAAGCAACGCGUGGAGAGGAACAUGGCCGCGUCGAGAAAUUCACCCCUGAUGGCACGACGGAAGGAUCGGCUGCUGUCGCACCUCAAGCGGAAAUCAUUGCUAGCAAAUUCUAGUAGUAAUCCUGAGUCCGGGCCUAAUUCACCACCGACCGUGAACAAUUCUCAAGCGAGCCCCACAGCGGGUGGAAACGCAGCGGCGAUCCAAGAAGAGACGGAAAACACCGGUUACGGGGGUCCAUUGACCAGCAGCAGUCAACAAGGUAGCCUAUCGGAUCUUUCGUUGUUCAGUUCACCGUCCAUGCCCAAUAUUUCGUUGGGACGACCUCACGUUCCAUCCGGUUCCAACACGACUGGUACGAAAUUGGCCACGGUCUCGGAGGCAGAGGUACGCGCGGCGUUCACCGCACGACUAGGAAUGCCGCUCACGGGUCAAAUGUUGCCCGGCACCUUGCCUUUUUAUCCAUCGUUGGCGGUAAUCGAGGGAGGGGAGGCAACGUCGACCGGUGGCUACGUUCACAAGCAGAUGCAGCAAAAUAUGGAACAUCCAUCGGUAACGAAUCGGCAACAUCCACCGUCCGCGGUCUAUCACGGUAGCACGACGGCAAAUCCCAUUACGGACACGCAAGUAGCGCAUGCGAGGCUGCAAAAGGCUGGUCACCGGCCUUUAGGUAGUAGGACUCAAUCAGCUCCGUUGCCGUUGGGCCAUCCGAUGUUGCAAGGUGGCAUGAUGGCGCCCCAGACCCAUUACGAAGAGUACCUGGCAGAGAAACAAUUACACGACCAGCAACAGGCGCACAAUUACCUGAAACAGCAGAUACGUCAAACGGUGUUGACGCGAGUCGGGUCUCGGGGGCAGGCGAAUCAAUUGGACGAGGCCCCGGAAACCGAGGAAUCGGCCGAGGUGAUAGAUCUUACAGGAGGGAAGAAAGACAUGUCGGAAGAGAGCGAAAUCUCGAAACAGCAACGGGAUCGGGAACAAUUCCUUCAACAGCAGAGAGAUCUGAUGAUGAGACACACGUUGCAGAUCUCGAACGAAUCUUCGACGGCCUACGGCGGCAGCGGGGGCGGUAGUGGGAGCGGAAGCAGAAACAGCCAACCUAGCGCAAGACCGUUAUCCAGAGCUCUUUCCAGCCCAUUGGUCCAUUUGGGUCCUCAGGGAGGAAACCAAUCCACCGGCGAUCUAUUCGCUCGUGCCUCGUCUCAUCGACCUACCACCGGUCUGGCCUACGACCCGUUAAUGUUGAAGCAUGCUUGCGUUUGCGGCGAAACGGUUCGAGGUCAUCCCGAGCAUGGAGGAAGGUUGCAAAGCGUGUGGGCACGUCUCUCGGAAACCGGGUUGUUGCAACGUUGCGAUCGAAUACGUUCACGGAAAGCUACCCUCGAAGAGAUUCAAACGUGUCACAGCGAGGCUCAUGCUUUACUCUUUGGAACGAAUCCGAUGAAUCGGCAAAAGUUGGACGUAUCGAAGCUCUCUCAACUGCCCAUCAAGAGUUUCGUAAGGCUGCCGUGCGGUGGAGUAGGCGUCGAUUCCGACACCACGUGGAACGAACUGAAUACCGCGCCAGCUGCUAGAAUGGCCGUCGGCUGCGUCGUCGAUCUGGCUUUUAAGACCGCAAUGGGCGACAUUAAGAACGGUUUCGCCGUGGUACGACCGCCGGGACAUCACGCCGAAACCAACCAAGCCAUGGGUUUCUGCUUCUUCAACUCGAUCGCGAUCGCUGCACGAUUGCUUCAACAGAAGCUCGAUAUUCGGAAAAUCUUGAUCUUGGAUUGGGACGUUCAUCAUGGGAACGGGACGCAGCAAAUGUUCUACGACGACCCACGAGUGCUCUACCUGUCGAUACACAGGCACGACGAAGGUAACUUCUUUCCAGGGACUGGCGGGCCGACCGAGUGCGGGGCUGGCGAAGGAUUGGGUUACAACGUGAACGUAGCCUGGUCCGGUGGGCUGAAUCCCCCUAUGGGGGACGCGGAAUACUUGGCGGCGUUCCGUAGCAUCGUGAUGCCAAUCGCGAAAGCGUUCGACCCGAGCAUCGUGCUCGUCUCGGCAGGAUUCGACGCAGCCAUCGGGCAUCCCGCUCCUCUGGGAGGUUACAAAGUGAGUCCCGCGUGUUUCGGAAAGAUGACCCAACAACUGCUUGGAUUGGCGAACGGUAAGGUUGUUCUCGCCCUGGAGGGCGGUUACGAUUUGGCCGCGAUCUGCGAUUCCGCCCAGGAAUGCGUUCGAGCCCUCCUCGGGGACGAGCCUAGCCAACUUCGAGAGGAGGAAUUGACCAGGGCGCCCUGUCAAAACGCGGUCGACACGCUGCAAAAGACUAUCGCCGUGCAGAUGUCUCAUUGGCCUUGCGUCAAGCUGAACGCGCACACGGCUUCGAUGAGCGCGAUCGAAGCCGGACAAAAGGAACGCGACGAGACCGAGACAGUCUCCGCGAUGGCCUCUUUAUCGAUGCAGCAGCCUACCAAUUUAACGUACGUUGCGUAUCAUUAUAUAAAAGCUCGAUUCCAUCUUUUUCCUCCCCCUGCCCCUUCGAGAUUUCGAAAGAUUCACUCGCAGCGAUUUGCGAUUUUUCAGAACUACCCCAGAACAUUCCCGAGAAGUUUCCGAGGAGCCGAUGGAACAGGACGACGCCAAAUGAAGAAAGACGCGAGACUGGUCGUCGAUCGUGUAUCGAUGUAAUCACGAGGCUAUCGUUACGUUCGAACCUACGUUUCUCCGUAGAACGACUGAGUGACGACGACUGAUCGAUCCGAAACCGCUCAGCAAUCAUCAGUUCCCAAACACAGCGUCGUUGGAACGGACGAGCCUUUAUAGCACCUUUUCCGCGCUUCGCUUUCGCACCUUGUUCAUCCUAUGUAUAGAUCCGAUCGAGCGCAAAUCAUGGUGGAAAUCGCGAAAUUAAUCUCGACUAAAAAUCUAAAAGACAGUAGAUUUAAGUGUUUUCUACGCUUUUGCUAACUUCUCCUAGGGACGCGCGUUGAUUCAAUACGCGUUCGUUCGGCCUCGCCUUUUCCAUCCAGACUCGACGCCUAUUCUCUUCUUUUAAUAAUUAUCGUGUUACACGAGCCAGCCUUUCUGGAAAAUUCUCGAUAAAAAUUCGAUAAAAAUUCGGAACGGAAUGGAGAGAAUCGCAACGAUAUCGUAGCGAACGGAGCGGUGUGCGAUCAUGACCGAGGGUGGGAGGGAGUCGGGGAUGAAAACGGCGGCGGAAGUAGGGAUAAGGUGCGCGAUGGAAAAAGCAGUAAAAUGAAGCGUUUCGAUGUUUUCCAUCCCACGGCGACGUUUCAUUCUUCGUCAUUUCUCUUCGAGCGGCAUAGCACGAUGAUGUUCGGUUGUCUUUUUGUCGCGAACAAAGGCUGGUGUGAUUUUUGUGAUAUUUUGUAAAAAGCAAAAAUUUUACAAACUGUAGUUAGUUAAUGAUGUGCAAAUGUACGUACGAGUAUGUAACUUAGUUCAAUCUAAAGCGUGACAACGCGCGCUCGCGCCUCGUGUGCCUGUGUAGUUAUAUAUGUGUGUACGUGCGUGCGUGCGUGCGUGCGUGUGUGCGUGCGCGCGGGCGCGAAAAAAUUAAGAAAGAGAAUAUAUGUAAUCGAGAGAAAUAGGAGCAUUUAUUUUUAUGCCGUGCAUUUUACGAGGAUACGAAAAAAAUGCGAGCAAAUCUAUCGAUCGACAAUUUCCGCGAAUAUAUAUAUGUACGUGGUAUGUAACGUGGCAUACACAUAACGUACAUUGUAAUACAUGGCAAACACGCGGAUCAAAGAUUCAAGCACUUUUGUCUAGCAUGCGCGAGAGGAAACGCGAAAGAAUGUGUGUGCGCGUCGAGUACAAGAAAUUCAUGUUAUAUUGAAUGUUAUGUGUCAGCAAGAAUCUCAAGUGUUCGUUGUGUACGUCCCAUAUUUUUACUAAAAAUUUCAAAGUUAUUGUGCGCAGAUGCGUUCAUUUCGGUCGAUUCGUGUCGUAAAUUUGCUUUCAUUCAAUAUGUUAUCCCUUUCCCCAUUUAUUCUAAUUAUAUAUAGAGAUACACAGCCCAAUUCGUAUCUUUUCCGUUCAUUUCGUUUCAUGCAUUUCGCAUUUUCUUACAUCAAUCGCCCCCUUUCCACUUGAUGCGUACUUGAUGCGUGAUCCAUGUUUUUCAUCGCCGCCAAUCUCAUCGUUUACGCGCUUUGUCAAUUUUUUCCGAUUCGACUCGACUCGACUCGACUCGACCCGACUCGACCGAAUUCGAUUCGUUACCGAUUUCGAGAUCGCGCGUGACGAUCGUUCGGAAGUUGUUGAUGUUUUAUGAGAAUUUUAUUUGUUUCGAGCAGAAACUUGCAACAUUCCGGUAUCGUUCAUAAAAAAUCGAUACAAGUUAGAUGUAACUCGUUGAUAAUUUGCAUCGAAAAUCGAUUCUAAUAAGUAAAACAAAAUAAAAAAAAUUAAAAUCGAAGAAUAUAAGAAUGAAAAUGAAAAAAAGUGUUACAAAUACGUUAUUGCACGUGUCCGAAUAUGUCCAUAUUGCGUAAGCUUAAAUGUAUUAGUCAUACAUUUUUUAUGUAUAUAUAAAUGUACCUCGUAAAGUAAUUUUAAAUAAAAACUAUAGUCAUUGUGUUACGCAUACAUACCGACAA